AUGGAAUCACCAUAUUCUCCUAAAAGCGCCUAUUCGGAGUCGUCCAGACACUCAGUUACAUCAACGGUUCUGUGGGAUCACGAUGCAUUCGAGACGUACCAGUUCAGCGUCCUCGAAUUCGCACUAUAUAAUAUCUGGCCUGGUGCAAAUCUCAACGAUAUAAUAAUUGAGAGGUUGAAAGGAGGUGGCUUUAACAGAAUCAUUGGGUUAACACGGAAAGGAAAUAGCCGUACCAAUUCUGCCGACGUCCAAUAUAUCGUACGAAUUCCCCGACACGAUGAUGCGCGCGUAGACCGCGAUGUCGCCACUCUGGAAUUUCUCGGGAGGCAUACUAAAAUAUCAGUACCCAAAGUCCUAACGUUCGACACCACGGAAGACAACGAAUUGCACUUUCCUUACAUGAUUCAGGAUCGUAUUGCGGGUACGGAUGUAUUAACAGGCUUUCCCAGGCUUAAUCACGCCAAAAAAUUAAGAUUCGCACGCGAACUUGGGAAUGUUUUCCGCCAAAUACUAGCCGUCAGAAGCCACACGGCUGGAUCCUUAGUAUUCUCAUCGGAGGGUAACGACAUCGACAUAAAAGCAGAGUUCAGCGUUAUACCGUAUGGGCACGAUGGUUUUAAUUUGGCAGUGCCAUAUAGCAGUACGAAAACCACUAGGCAAACGAUACGCGAUUUACUCUUGAGCAACUUUCAGGAUCAGAUGGCACAUAUUAUAAAGUAUCACCCCUCAGCCUACCUGAAAUUUGGUCUCUUCGGUCAGCUUUGCGCCAUGGUAUGGGAGCUGGAAGAAAGAGGCUUAUUUCACAAUGUUGACUACUGCCUCGCCCAUCUGGAUCUUGCUCCUCGCAACAUAUUGAUCGACCCGACAUCCACUCCAAAGAAACCCAUAAUAUCAGGGGUUCUCGACUGGGAUAGCGCUGUUUUCGCUCCGGCGUUCAUGGCUUGCGAGCCGCCACUCUGGGUAUGGGGUUGGCUAGAUGGGGAAGACGAAGACGAGCGAACAGCCAACGACGUUCCGCCGACGGUAGAAGGACGUCAACUCAAGAAAGCAUUUGAGAGAGCUGCUGGAAAAGAUUAUAUGCGAUUUGCAUAUAACCCUGCGUAUCGGCUGGCAAGGAGGCUCGUUAGAUUUGCGAUUCAACACGAACUACAAUCAAAUUAUGACUGGGGAGAUGUUGAAGUAAUGUUAGCAGAAUGGAAGACUGUUAGGUAG